AUGUUGAGAAAUCACCAUUCACCUGAUCUUUCUUCCUACUACCUGUCUCACAUCAGUAUCCUUACUGACACCAGUUCCCUUCUCCAGCCACCCCUUAUAGCAGUGGUUCCUAACCCCUGGGUCACAGCCCAAAAUUGGAUCGCCAAUGAUCUCCACUCUGAUGAAGAUGAUGGAGAACUUUGCUUGCAACGAGUGAUAGGACCUGUGGACUCCAAACAGAGAUGUAGUGGUAUCCUGAGGGACAACAUGAGUUCAUGUAUGCUUCCAGCCCAGCAGAAACCAUUGAAUCCCCCAGGUCCAUUCUGCAAAGGCAAGAAUACUGGUGAUGAAGAAUGUGAGGAUGAGGAAUUUGAAUCCGUGUUGAAUAGAGAGUUGGAGGCAACUUUCCAUGUCAUAGAGGCAGAUGCUGGUCUGAAGGAACGAAAGAAUCGACAAGAGUCAAGUAAUGAUGACCUCUUUUAUGAUCCUCACAUGGAUGAUGCUGAUCAGAAGUGGAUCGACAAGUGCAGAAGAAAAUAUCUCAGGAAGUCACAAUCUUCUUCUAAGAAUGGAGGAAAUGAUGAAAAAUCCAUGAAGCUGCCACACAGUGAUGCAAUUCUAAACUGCCCUUGUUGUAUGAGCAUGCUCUGUCUUGAUUGCCAAAGGCAUGAACUUUAUUCAGGCCAGUAUCGAGCAAUGUUCGUGUUCAACUGCAUAGUUGACUUUGACCAGACUCUCCUUUACCCAAAAAAGGGCACAAAGAAAAGGAAACGGGGGAAGGAGUGUGCCCUGGGAAUGCAAGCAGCUUUAGAUGGGGACCUGUCAGAGAAUGAGCUGGACAUGCGGAAAUUGGUUUCUUGGCAGAAUAAGAAGAAGAAGAAAUCUGGAGGAUUCCAGUCUAUGGGUCUUUCCCAUGCAGUCUUUAAGGGGAUAAUGCGCAAAGGAUACAAGGUCCCAACUCCCAUUCAAAGAAAGUGCAUUCCUGUGAUCAUGGAUGGUCGUGAUAUGGUGGGGAUGGCAAGGACUGGAAGUGGGAAGACAGCAGCAUUCCUCAUUCCUAUGCUUGAGAAACUCCAAGUUCAUUCUGCUUCAACUGGUGCUCGAGCUCUAAUCCUUUCCCCAACUCGAGAGCUUGCCCUUCAGACGUUGAAGUUCACUAAGGAGCUGGGACGAUUCACUGGCUUGAAGGCAGCUGUCAUUGUUGGUGGGGAAAGUAUGGAGGAUCAAUUUGCUGCAUUGCAUGAAAAUCCUGAUAUCAUCCUUGCUACACCAGGACGACUGUGUCAUGUCUGUAUUGAAAUGAGCCUGAAGCUUACCUCCAUUCACUAUGUGGUCUUUGAUGAGGCUGAUAGGCUUUUUGAGAUGGGUUUCCAGGAACAGCUUCAUGAAAUAUUGCGUCGACUUCCUGAGAACCGACAGACCCUCCUCUUUUCAGCUACACUCCCUAAACUUCUUGUGGACUUUGCUAAAGCAGGACUUUCUGAUCCUGUCCUCAUAAGGUUGGAUGUAGAGAGCAAGUUAUCAGAGCAAUUGAAGUUGGCUUUCUUCAGUGUCCGAGCAGAAGACAAAUUAGCUCUAUUGCUUCAUCUUCUACGGAAUGUCAUUCCAACAGAUCAACUCACUGUCAUUUUCAUGGCCACAAAGCAUUAUGUAGACUAUCUUAACCUGCAAGGUCAUUCACCUGCAAAGAUCAUCAAGGAGCUGAAACUGCCACGAUCCACUGUGUACAAAGCCAUUGCCCGCUACAAGGAACUUGGUACAACUCAGGAUCUUGUAUUAGAGAAAGCUGGGGUCCCAAGGACAUACCUCUAUUCCAGUCUGGAUCCCACUGCUCGGAAGAUCAAUGCAGCCAAAUUCUCCUCACGCAAAGUGAACCUCUUGAUUGUAACAGAUAUUGCAGCUCGAGGCAUUGAUAUCCCUCUCCUUGACAAUGUGAUCAACUUCGACUUCCCAUCAAAACCAAAGCUCUUUGUGCACCGUGUUGGUGAGCUCUUGUGGUUUUUGCAUGCCUUGAUUAUUCCCAUUCUGGUUUUUCACCCGGAAGGA